UAAAAGGGGGGGGGGGGGGGUCAACUGUGAAGACUACUACCAAAUAUGCAUUCAUCGUGCCAGGUGCUAUAGGAAAGGGACGAGGAUGAGGAGGGCUUAGAUCUUUGGUUGAGAAAUAGAAUAUGCCAACCAAGAGUUUAUUUCCUCAAUCUAGUGAUAUAGUUAAGCAAUACAUCCAAGAAAUUGAAACAAGUGCUAUCGGGAAGGAACGAGGACAAGGUCUUAAAAAUGCUACCAUGUCAGCUAGUCAAGGAAUGAGAAUGAUACAUAAAAACUCCAUGGUUCUUGAGAUAGGGUAUAGUUUUUCCAAAGGGUAUACAUCUACUGAUCAAGUUAAGCAAUGCAAAAAAGUUGAAACAAGUCCAGGUGCUAUAGGGAUGGGACGAGAGCAAACACCUAGAUCUUUGUGCUCCUCUUUAGGAGUUUCUGAAAAUGAGAUGGAAUCAUUCCACGAGAAUGCUCGUUAUGCUAAUCAACGUAUGCAAACUCCUUCUAAAAUCACAAGAUCGAAUUCUACCAUGUCUCCUAGUCAAAGAAUGCGAAUAAUGGAUAAAAAUCCAAUGGUUCUUGAGAAAGAGCAUGUUCAAACCAAUAUUUCAUUGCCUCCAUCUACUGAUCAAGUUAUGCAACACUACCAAACAGUUGAAUAAGGGUCAUCUUAUCCUGGAAAGGUAAAGAGAGUUCGAGGGAGGAACAAGUGCAAAUAAGUUGCAUCACUUGAAGUUGGACAAAAAACAUAAAGUAACCUUUUACAAUAAUCGAACGGUUGAAAAAAUAGCAAUCUGUUUUCGAGGCACUUGGGAAGAAUAGUUCGUGACUGUAAUAUGUGUUCGUUGGGGGUUUCAUCUUGGAAUGAUAUUAAUCAAGAAAAGUUGAAUCACAUGUGGGCAGCUGUUGAGGUAACAAAUGUAUUCAAGAGUAUUAAUGUGCAUUUGGACCUUUUCUUUUGCAUUCAUUCUACUCACACCAGCACCCUCUUCAUGAAUAGCAUAUAGUUUUUUUGCCAGCCAAACAGUCUAUUGAUGAUUAACUUUAGAAAAAAUGUUAAGUAGCUUUAUAUAUCAUUAUUCUCAAGUUUUUCUGCUCCAAAAAAAAAAAAAAAAAAAACUAAUUAUGAAAAUGACAAAUGCUGUUGGUUGUUACACACUUGUGGCAAUUGGUUAUAUAUAUUCUGAUGCAAAACUAUGCACUCCUUUAGCUAUGUAGUUCCCAGAUCCCAGCCAAACAGCCUAUUGAUGAUUAACUUUAGAAAAAAUGUUAAGUAGCUUUAUAUAUCAUUAUCGUCAAGUUUUUCUGCCUCCAAAAAAAUAUAGAAAAACUAAUUAUGAAAAUGACAGAUGUUGUUGGUUGUUACGCACUUGUGGCGAUAGGAUACAAAUUACAGUGCACAACUAUGCAUUCCUUUAGCUAUGUAGUUUCCAGAUCUUAUUUCUUGGCACAAAAGUUUCAUUUUCUUUGUUGUACUAACUUCUUGCUUUAAACAGUGAGCUUUUUGUAUACUUACUGAUCGGAAGUAUAUUUUCCGCAGAUAUUACUGAUUUUCGUGAUUAGUUUUCGUUACAAUAGCCAUUACUUUCACUUAGAGAAGGAGAGCUAUACUUCGAUUAUUUUAGACAUUUAUUCUUUUGUUGUGCUCAUAGAAUUUUCUUGUACAAAGUUCAGAACUUAUUUCAGGAGCUCGUAAGUUAAUGCUUAUUGUCUUUUUUUGUUUUAUGUUACAUAUUCUUUUGUGGACUUUGGAAAAAACUCAGUUUUGUUGACCUCUUUUUCUCCUUCAUAAUUGUGAAUAAAUACCCUUCCAUAUCUAGAUUUAGCAAAAAAAAAAAAAAAAAAAAAAAACAGCUGAGUUUUGUUCUUCAAAGCUUCUGCUAUUUUUUGCCCUUCCAAGCUGCCCAAGAAAUCCAAGGUGGUAUUUUAUCUAAGUUCUUAACUUGCCUGAGUAACUAUUAGUUGUCUCAAGUGGUUUAAGCACCUUGUGUUUGCUUAAAAGUCUUGAAAGGUGGAACUUCUUCAAAGGCUGAAUUACUGUCCGCACUACGUUCAACUCGAGAGGAAAACCAAUCCUUGAAUGAGGAAAAAAAAUCCUUAAAUGAUCGCUUGUCUACCUUAGAAAAAGAGAUGAAUGAAAUUAUGAAAAUAAAAGAAUUCUUCGCUGCUCAACAAUCACAAGUCCCGCCUACGACAUCAACCGUUUCAACUAAAUGACCACUGUUUUUGUAGGCUGACCAGGUUAGUAACAAUAUACCCGGUUUUUUUUUUUUACCUAUUGAAGUUGAUAAUUUAAUGUACGUUGGGUGAUUCUUUUAUUGAACAUUGUCCAGUGGAAGGCUUCUUUGAAAAAUUUUAGCCUCCCCUCUUUCAUUAGGUACCUCUUAUUCAAUGUAUACAGUGAGUAAAAUUUGUUGUACUUCCUCUACUGCUACUUCACAAAUGGUAUUUCCUGUUGUCUUUAAGUCUUAUUGGUAUUGUGUAAUUGAAUGAUUAGAUUAUGGCAUGGUAUGCCAUUCAUCUCUUUCCUUUCAAUAUGGUUUCCUUAUUAGAUGUUUUUAGAAAUUCCUAUCAUUAGAUAAAAGAGCAAUUUUCUGCGAGAUGGAAAAAAGCCUUAUUGUUGUUAACUCUUGUUGCUUUUUUAUGGGUUUCCAGUUUAACUUUUGACGCCUUUAGCCUAAAAAAAUGAUGGAAUAUGUCUAUCAAUAGUUAACUUAGUUGCAGAGAGGAAAUGAAACUUGUCUUAUGUGUUUCCAUUCUGCUCUUGUUGGAGGAAAUGGAGUUCGAUAAACUUUUAUUUUUCAAUGAUGUGCAAGAGUUCAUAGUCUCACUUGGUUUGGUAUUCUCCUUGUUUUACAAUAGGCUUUAGUAGAAGAUUAAAAGAAUUAACAUCUACAGUGAAUGGAAUUUUUUUAGUUGGGAACAUAUAUUACAUGAAGAAUGCCAGCGAGCUCAUAUUAUAUGUCUGUUUUUAAUCUAUAAGGUACAGAGUUUGCUAGUUUAACUAUGAACUUUCGUGGAAGUUCCUUAUGUUUGUCCAUUAUGCUUGUCACAGUUAUUGUUUUAGUUGUAGUUCUUUAUAAUAUAUUUUGGGUUAUUGGUUAAUGCAUCACAACAAAGUCUUCACUAAGUUGUUGACGACUUAACGUGAAUGAUGUAUUAUUGUAAAUUAGUCAGAAAUCUUUGUACUGUUAGUUAAAAGUUCAACCACCAUGUAUAUGAACACAUUUAUGGAAUACAACAAAAGCGAGUAAGUUAGUUUACCUUAUGAUACACAUAUGAUAUGAUGUAUUUUUCCUUGCAUUUCUACAGAGUUUGGUGAUUUAUGGUUGAAUAAAUCUCAGUUUGCCUAACUUACAUACUGCAUUAAUUAUUUGGGAAGGAAGGCUUAAUUUUUUUCUUAUAUUCCUACAACCUAGCUUUUUAAUGUUGCUGGAUAGCACCCAAUAAAUUUAUACCGCUUUUGGGGUAAGCUAUUUAACUAUUGCUAGUGUAAAUUUUACAUAUAUUAUUAUACUAAUAGUUAUUCAUCAUAUUUUCAAAAUUUUGUACUUACAGGUUUUGAAGAUUAAGUUACAAGUCAAGAUGCAAGUUUAGAAGAUGCACAAGCUCAUUAUUAUUUUGCUAGGAAUGUAAUGCAAAACAUGAUAUCAUAGUCUAGCUCGGGAUGUUGACAAAGCUUUUUUGUUAAGGUGUUGAGCAAAUAUUGAAACUAAUAUGGGAUGUUAACCAUUUUGUAAUUAAUAACUCUCUAUAUGUAUAUAUAUUUAUAUCUACA